UGGGUCUGGGAUGUUCACAAUCUUAUCCGUGUGGAGGUGGUGGAGGAGACUGAACAAGUGUGUGGACUGCGGGGUCUUUGGGGACAGUAGCCAGGUACAGCUCUAGUUUUUCAGAGGGUGUCCGAGCAGAGUCUGUGGAGGAUGUUGUGGACGCUGGACAAGGUGGUGCGGGUGAUGUUCUGGGGAGGGGUGAGCGCCUUGCUGGCCACGUUGCUCAGCGCCUUGGGGGUCGUCUCCUGCCUGCUGGCCUUCAUUACUCUCUGGCUCCUCACUGCUGCCUCCUACUUGUACAAGGCUGAUAUGAAGGUAUCAGUGUCAGGGAAGUCGGUGGUAGUGACGGGCUGCGACACCGGCUUUGGCAACACCUUGGCACUCCACCUGGACAAACUGGGGUUCCGGGUGUUCGCAGGUUGCCUGCAUGCUGGAGGUGAGGGCGCCAACCACCUCCGUCGGGAGGGGUCCAGCCGCCUCCACGUCCUACAGAUGGACGUCACCAACCAGGAGCAGCUCGACAAGGCUGCCCAAGAGGUCAAACACCUGCUGCCCGAAGGAGAGGGCUUGUGGGGCUUGGUGAACAAUGCUGGUAUUUGCACGUUGGGCCCCAUCGAGUGGGUCUCCAUGAAAGACUUCAGGAGGGAUCCAGAGGUCAACGUGUUCGGCCUCAUCGCCACCACCAAAACUUUCUUGCCACUUAUCCGUCAAGGAAAAGGUCGUGUUGUAAGUGUAGCCAGUGUGGCGGGCCGCCUUAGUUGCGCUGUUAUGGCUCCCUACUGCGCCUCCAAGUACGCAGUAGAAGGUUUCAACGACGCCUUAAGGCAGGAAAUGCGUCAGUUUGGUGUGGCUGUGUGUCUCAUCGAGCCUGGAAACUUUGGUGCUGGCACGUUGCUCUUCACUACAAACGACGCAGGGGACAGGCGGGUGCUGGAGGGAGUUAGUGAAGACCUCAAGAGGGACUACGGCGACGCCUACUUCAAGCGAGUGGAAAAAUUUCUGAAAUUCUUUCGCAUGUCUGGGGCCAAAGACAUCUCUCCAGUGAUCAACGCCUUCACAGAGGCUCUGACGCAGACCCACCCUCAGGACCGCUACAACCCCAUGACUCUCUGGUCAUAUUUCUUAAUGUUCGUCAAUACUCAUCUUCCUGCGGCGUUCUACGACAAACUCACCAAAUUUUACUGCCGUGUGGUGUUAGUUUUUCAGAGGGUGUCCGAGCAGAGUCUGUGGAGGAUGUUGUGGACGCUGGACAAGGUGGUGCGGGUGAUGUUCUGGGGAGGGGUGAGCGCCUUGCUGGCCACGUUGCUCAGCGCCUUGGGGGUCGUCUCCUGCCUGCUGGCCUUCAUUACUCUCUGGCUCCUCACUGCUGCCUCCUACUUGUACACCGCUGAUAUGAAGUUACCAGUGUCAGGGAAGUCGGUGGUAGUGACGGGCUGCGACACCGGCUUUGGCAACACCUUGGCACUCCACCUGGACAAACUGGGGUUCCGGGUGUUCGCAUGUUGCCUGCAUGCUGGAGGUGAGGGCGCCAACCGCCUCCGUCGGGAGGGGUCCAGCCGCCUCCACGUCUUACAGAUGGACGUCACCAACCAGGAGCAGCUCGACAAGGCUGCCCAAGAGGUCAAACACCUGCUGCCCGAAGGAGACGUCGUGUGGGGACUGGUGAACAACGCAGGUCUCUGUACAUUGGGCCCCGUGGAAUGGAUGUCAAUGGAGAGUUUCAGAAAAGAUCCAGAGGUCAACGUGUUUGGUCUCAUCGCCACCACCAAGACCUUCUUACCACUCAUCCGUCAAGCAAAAGGUCGUGUGGUGAAUGUGGCCAGCGUAGCGGGGAGGAUGAGUGCUGGGUUCAUGGGUCCUUACUGUGUCUCCAAGUACGCCGUAGAAGGCUUUAGUGACGCUCUACGGCAGGAGAUGAGGCCUUUUGGUGUGGACGUCUGCAUCCUCGAGCCUGGCAACUUCGCUAAUGGAACAUUCCUGUUCGCCACGGACGAGAUGGUGGAGCGAGAGGUGGAGGGCGUGUGGUCGUCCCUCAGUGAACAGGUCAAGAUUGACUAUGGACAGCGGUACUGCAAAAAGGUGGAAGGUUUUAAGAAAAACUUCCGCAGGAAAGGGGCCAAGGACAUCACUCCAGUGAUCAACGCCAUCACAGAGGCGCUGACACAGACCCACCCGCAGGACCGCUACCUCCCCAUGGACCUCCUUAUGUAUUUUGUAGCCUUCGUCAGUACUCACCUCCCAGCAUGGAUCUACGACGCCCUCGUCAGGCUUCUCGCUAUAUUGUUAUUGAAGAAAGAUGAGGUAUAAUUUAUAAUCUGUCCAAGUUAUAACGUGAACAUGAUGAGGGCUUCUGUACGCCACCAGACACACUCACCUCUUCAGUUGAUGAAGUCAAAUGUAGAUUUUACUGAGAAAUUGUUUAGUAUAAUCCUGGAGAGAAGAUUACAGCUAACUACAAACUCUUUUAUGUCAUCAUUUACAUAUUUAAACUACACUAAAAAGAAAUGUCACAAUUAUCCAUCAGUAAUCUAAUUUACACGUGUUUUAUGUGGAUUAAUUCGAUUAGUUACGCUUGUCACUUUAUGACCAGCGGAAACGUGGAGUGUCCACAAGUGUUCGUCGGGGCACUAAUGAGGACCACGCGCCUUAUCUUUAGUUUUUAGCGGACCCUGUUUAGCGGAUAACUCACAUUGGUUAAUGGGCUUAAAUCCGUUAUUGUUGUCUAUUAUUGGGAACCAUCAUACCCGUUAUCAUUGUGUUCACUUGGUCCGGCAUAUCUCAACUAGGAACCAUGUGAGGAAAAAUUUAUGUCCCAUGUCUCUAGUUCCAGUAGUAGCGUGAAGGUGAGUGAGGUGUGUUGGCCGAGCAUGCUGUUAUGUGUCACUCACUGAUUAGUUCAUGUGGAAGUGAGUGGUUGGAGUGUCUUCCAUUAAGUUCUCUGCCCUGCCUUGCCCUACCCUACCCAGCCCUGCCUUGCCCUGCCCUACCCUACCCAGCCCUGCCCUACUCAGCCCUUC